CCUGUCCGCUGGAAAACAAUAGAAGCAGCACCGAAGGGGCAGCGCUAGCCCGAUCCGACUGGACCAAACCGCUCUCAAAAUCACACACCUCGCGGCUCGGGCUCGGGCAGGUGGGGAGGAGGAACACCCGGGAACCCCUCGGGAGACAAACUAACACACAGAAUGACUGUAUUUAAACGGUAGAGGAGCUAACGGUAGCUCGUAAACGAGGAGGAUCAGCUGUUUGUAGGCAGGAAGGAGCGGACAGCCACGCGUUUCACAGUAAGUCCAUUUAAAUAAGCUUCUUCUCUCGUGGGGUGUCGGGUGAACUCAAACGGGUUCAACCGGGUGAUCCCGAACGGGCUCAACCAGCUGAACACCAACGGCUCAACCAGCUGAGCCAAGUUUGUGAAGUAGUUAGCCGUCGAGCUAACUAGCGCCCCCCCCCCCCCCCCCAAGCUAACCAAAGCUAACUACUUUUUUACAUUUAAAAAAAAAUACUCGCGCAGAUUUAAAAAGUUUUCUGCCCGCCGGAAAACAAAGUCAUGCAGCUCGUCCGGAGGGUCCCCUCGGCUCCUACCAGCGCGCGAGAGGCCCCCGAAACACUAUUUUAAUGGGUAGUUUUUAAAGGAAUUCUCGACGCUCCAACUUUGAUUUUUUUGUUGUGUGUUAGUGGAGGAAUGCUGCUCGCUUCACUUCUCACAGGGAGCUCAACUCAACGUUUCAUUUCAGCGGAGUGGGUUUUUAUUAAUAAAUAAAGUAGCGGGCUCUGCUUGGUGUUUUUUUUACAUUAAUCGGAUGUCUUUUUCUGCCCCUAUUUUGGGGUUAAACUGCGGCUCUACGCCGACUCUUCUCCGGUGUGUAACGCGGUCAUAGUGUGCAGUGAGUGGAUGUUGAGGAGCACCGGGAGGCGGGAUGGUACCGCGCAUAAAGCCCGUUAAUGUCCGCGGUUCGGCGGUGUGACUGAAGGCCAUUAGCGAGACAAAGGUCGCCUCCAUGGAGCCAGAACGGGAGUCUUUGUGGAGCAGAGGGGGGGUCUAGAGACGCCCAGGGUGGGAAGCGAAAGAGCCCAAUUCAGCGGUUUUAUGGACCAAACCUGAGCCGGGGAUUCUCUUUUUUUCUCAUUUUUUCCCCCCAAAAAACCCAACUAUCAACAAAGUCUUUUAUAUUGAUGAUGGCGGAUUUUGUUACACCGCGACACAGCGCGGUGAUGGAGAGGCUCCGCCGGAGGAUCGAGCUCUUCCGGCAGCAUCACAACAGCUGCGAGAGCCGCUACGAGAGCGCGACGCUGGAGCGGCUGGAGCUGGAGCGGCAGCAGACCUUCGCCCUGCACCAGCGCUGCCUGCAGGCCAAGGCCAAGCGCUCCAGCAAGCACCGGCAGCCGCAGGCCGGCGGCGGCGGCGGCGGGGACCAGGCCGGGCCGAGGGCGCCGGCUGGAGGAGGAGGAGGAGGCGCAGAGCUCGGGGAGACCGGAGGGACGGCGGCGGAGCAGAGCCGGAACAGCACCCUGAUAGCGCUGCAGGAGACGGUGAAGAGGAAGCUGGAGAGCGCCGCCUCCCCGCUGGGCCGCGACCCGGCCAACGCCAACGGCUUCCCCCCCCACAAGAAGGCGUGUCCGGACGGCGGCUCGGCCAACGGCGGCUCGCCGCCGGACUCCAAGCUCGGGGUCGGCGACUCGCUGAGCUCCAACGGGGCCCGCGGGGAGCCGGGGGGGGGGGACGGCGCCGCGGGCCGGGAGCCGGGCCUGGACUUCCGGCGCAAGGAGAUGAAGCAGGAGCCCGACGACAUCCUGCCCAUCAUGCCGCCGGCCGGCAGCAACAGCCUGUUCCCCGACCUCAACCUCAACGAGCAGGAGUGGACGGAGCUGAUGGAGGAGCUCAACUGCUCCGUGGCCUACGAGGACAUCCAGGACAUCCUGAACGACGGCUUCGAGGAGGACCGCAAAGACUCCCUGGCGCUGACUCCGGGUGGAGGAGGAGGCGGAGGAGGAGGAGGCGGAGGAGGAGGAGGAGGCGGCCAGCCGUCCCAGGGUCUGCUCCCUCCAGAUCUGGUGAGCGUGAAGACGGAGUUCUCUCCGUCCUCCGUGGCCUUCGAGCAAGACUCUCGCACCGCCUCCCCCCACGUCAGGUCCUCCUCCUCCUCCUCGGGGCCGCCUCCCCCUCCUCGCCCCACUGGCUCCCCCGUCGCCUCCUCCUCCUCCGCCUCGUCCCCGGCUCUGCCCCCGUCGGCCCCUCCGCCCCGGCAGCAGCUCCAGCCGCCCCCCGGCCACCUCCACCCCGCCGGCCCCCCCGUCCCCAAAGACCUGUCCCCGGCGCAGCAGCUGCAGCAGCUGGCUGCCCAGCAGCAGCGGGCGCAGCACCUCCACGGCCAGAUGCAGCACAAGCAGGCGCCGCCGGGGGCCAAGUUCCACGGCCAGGGGCCCCACGCCCACCCGCCGCCCUGGCCCCCGAUGGCCAACGCCUCCCAGAGCCCACUAGGGGGCGCCAGCCCCUCCCUGUACCCGCAGGACUUCAACGCCCAGAAGCUGAUGCCCGGUCCGCCCAACAAAGGCCCCCCCAAGGCGGGGCCGGGCGGCUACCCGCCGGGGGGCCACCCCACCAUGAUGGGGCACCCGGCGUCGGGGCCGCCGCUCGGCCACCCGCCCGCGCCGGGCGCUCAGGCCUCAGCCGCCAUGCUGAACUACAACAACACCAAACCUCUGUCUCACUUCGAGGCCGGGCCCGGCCAGCCGCGGCUCCCCAACGGCCAGAACCAGAACAAGGCGGCGCUGCUGGCGCUGCUCCGGCAGCAGCAGCAGAGCAAGCAGAAGAGCAGCAUGAGCUUCAGGCAGCACCUCCCGCACGCGCAGGACCAGAACCCCUACCCCGUCCCUCCACACGGCCCGGGCCCCGCCAACGCCAUGGCGUCCGCGCCCGGGAGCAACGCCAUGACGGCCCAGCCGGGGGCCAACGCCAUCGCGGCUAACCACGGGAACGCCACUUACCUGAGCAGCCAGGCGGCGGCGGCGCUCAAGCAACAACAACAACAGCAACAACAGCAGCACCAACAGCAGAUCCUGGAGCAGCAGAAGCAGCAGUACCUGCAGAGGCAGCAGCUGAUGGCCGAGCAGGAGAAGCAGCGGCAGCAGGACCAGCAGCUGCAGAGACAUCUGACCCGACCGCCCCCCCAGUACCAGGACCAGCCGGGCCAGCCGGCCAAUCAGAGCCCUUUCCCACAGCCGCCAGUCAACCAGUUUACAGCUUCCUCUCAGCCAAUGGGUGGCGUCGGCUCCAUGGGAGGCCCCGCCCCCGGCUCCCAGCGCAUGUUCCCCCAGAACCAAGGCAUGAUGGGUAUGGCGGGCGGUGUAGCUCCGCCCCCGACGGGGAGCCAGGGCGACGUCGGCCUCUCGUCGUGCGGAGGGGGCGGGGCCGGCGUGGACGUGCAGCAGGUGCUCUACAACAACAUGAACCUUCACCCCAACCACCCGUCUCACCCGCCCCAGCACGCCGGCCUGCAGCGCCAGCCGCUGGGCGCCAUGAGCGCCGCCUACAGGCAGAACCUUCUGGCCCAGCAGCACCUGAAGUCGCAGCCCAACGCCGCCAUGUUGAAGCAGCAGCAGCAGCUGGCCGCCGCCCGCAUGCCGGUCUCCAUGCAGAACAGCAUGGCGGCCAACUUGCCCGGCGCCAUGCAGGACGCCCAGAGCGCCGCCUGGCAGCAGCAGCUGGCCAACCAGCCGCCCUCGGGCAGCGCCGGCCUGACCCCCAACGCCUUCGCCGGCCCGCCCAACGCCUUCCACAUGCAGCACCAGGCUCGCCUUCCCAAGAUGGCGCCCGGCGGGCGUCCGAUGGGAGGCCCGAACGCCGCGCAGCAGAUGAUGCAGACCAACAUGGCGGCCGCCCAGCAGAGGGCGCCGCCCAACCCCCAGAGCCUCGGCCCGCCGAUGGCCGCCCAGCAGCAGCCUCAGCAGGCCAAUCAGAACCAGGCCGUGCUCCCCGACCCGGCGGCGUUGGGGCCGCCGCCGGGCGCCGGGCGCCAGGCGCUGCAGUGUAACCAGGGCUACCAGGUGAGCCGGACCGCCAGCCAGCAGCAGCAGCAGGUGUCCUUCGGGUACAACGUGGCGUCGGGGAGCUUCGCCGGCGAGAGCGAGCUGGUGGACUCGCUGCUGAAGGGGCAGAGCACCCAGGAGUGGAUGGCCGACCUGGACGAGCUGCUCGCCGGCCACCACUAGGCCCCGCC